UAUUCACACACAUAUUUCUCUCUCUACACACACAUGAGUUUAAAUACAUUUCUGAGUUUCUCAAGUCAAUUCUUGAACUUUAUUUCUUACUACUUCACUGGCUUUGAUUCUUGAUUAACUCACAAAUAAAAAGUUUCCUGCAAAUUUUAAAAAUUCAAGGAUGGCUGUAGCUAGUGGGGGAAGAACUUUGGAGCAGACGCCGACAUGGGCUGUUGCUGUUGUUUGUUUUGUUUUAGUUGCGGUUUCAAUUGUCAUCGAACACAUCAUCCAUCUCAUAGGACAGUGGUUGAAGAAGAAAAACAAGAGUGCUCUUUUUGAAUCACUCGAAAAAAUCAAGUCAGAGCUUAUGCUGUUGGGAUUCAUAUCCUUGCUCCUAACGGUUGGACAAGGACCAAUUUCGAAUAUAUGUAUAUCGAAAAGUGCAGGAGCUACUUGGCAUCCUUGUAGUAAGAAGGCAGAAGAAAAACUAAACAAAUAUUAUACUACAAAUUCCAAAGAAGAAAAUCGCCGGAAGCUUCUCGGAUUGUCGGAUUCUGGCCAAAUUUUCCGACGUGUUUUGGCCGCCGCUGGAACUGACAAAUGCGCAGCCAAGGGUAAAGUGCCCUUUGUGUCCUCGGAUGGUAUUCAUCAGCUCCAUAUCUUCAUCUUCGUGUUGGCAGUUUUUCACAUCCUAUACUGUAUUUUGACGUUGGCUUUAGGCAGAGCCAAGAUGAGUAGUUGGAAGGCAUGGGAAAAGGAAACAAGAACGGUCGAGUACCAGUUCUCAAAUGAUCCAGAGAGAUUCAGAUUUGCAAGAGAGACAUCAUUUGGGAGAAGGCACUUAAGCUUCUGGAGCAGAACUCCUGUGCUCCUCUGGAUUGUUUGUUUCUUCAGGCAAUUUUUCAGGUCAGUCCCAAAAGUUGAUUACUUAACCUUGCGACAUGGAUUUAUCAUGGCACAUUUGGCACCUCAAAGCCAAACAAGAUUCGAUUUCCAGAAGUAUAUCAAUAGAUCCUUGGAAGAAGAUUUCAAGGUGGUUGUGGGGAUCAGUCCACCGAUCUGGUUUGUCGCGGUUCUAUUCCUUCUCUUCAAUACCCAUGGCUGGAAAUCAUAUCUUUGGCUACCAUUUAUCCCAUUAAUUAUCAUAUUGCUGGUGGGGACGAAGCUGCAGGUGAUAAUAACAAAGAUGGGUCUCAGAAUUCAAGAGAGAGGUGAAGUUGUGAAAGGAGUACCAGUUGUUCAGCCUGGCGACGACCUUUUUUGGUUCAACCGUCCACGCCUCAUUCUCUACCUCAUCAACUUUGUCCUCUUCCAGAAUGCCUUUCAGCUAGCUUUCUUUGCGUGGACUUGGUAUGAAUUCGGGUUGAAGUCCUGUUUCCAUUCGCAUUUGGAGGAUGUGAUUAUACGAAUUUCGAUGGGGGUUCUCAUACAGAUUUUGUGCAGCUACGUCACUCUUCCCCUAUAUGCCCUUGUUACACAGAUGGGUUCAACAAUGAAACCGACCAUUUUCAACGAAAGAGUGGCGACAGCUCUACGAAACUGGCACCGAACGGCGAAGAAACAAGUCAAACAAAACCACCGGCAAUCUGGUACUGUGACCCCUAUGUCAAGUGCACCGGGGACACCAACCCACCACCUGUCCCCUCUUCAUCUCCUCCGCCACUACAACAGAGAUGUGGAUGACAGUUUUCAAACGUCCCCAAGAAGAUCAAAUUUUGAUGCCGAUCAGCAUUGGGAGGCCGAGGGGUCAACUUCCCCCACCCACCACCACCAUAUAGAGCUUGGUAAUGUAGAACAUGAUAGGGAGAUCCAACACGAGCCGAGCCAGAGCUCUUCACAAGUCGGUACAAUUGCAAUACCAGCUCGAGGCCAACACGAGAUCAAUGUUGGACCUAAGACACCUAAAGAUUUUUCAUUCCAUAGAAGAACGAGUACGUGAAAAUUUCUCAAUCAGGAGGACUGAACUACGUUGUCAAUGUGGCCAUGCAAUCGUUUAAAACCUGUUUAGAGAACAAGACUAUGUCACUGUGAUUGGGACAUGGGAAGCCUUCAAUAUAGCAACAACUUGUAACGAUCAUACAAUGAACUCAAUUUGCUUUUUUGAAAUGUUGGGCUGCGAAGGCUAAAUAUCAUAAGUUUAAUUUGGGAUUUUAUCAAUUUUAGACCUUAUUGAGCUU